AUGGUUGCAGAACAUGAAAGUCUUCAGGUGGAUGCGGACCAAGCUACCACUUUCAAGGAACGCGGAAACGAUCUGUUCAAGGAGGAUCGCUGGGAAGAGGCGAUCGAGUGGUACACGAAAGCAAUCAAUGCAGGUGAAAAGCACAAGGACUUGCCGGUGUUUUACAAGAACCGUGCCGCGGCCUAUCUGAAGCUGAAACAGUACGAAAAUGCACGAGUCGAUUGCACGGCCUCCUUGGAGGGUUGCCCGAACGAUCCGAAGGGUCUGUUCCGUCGCUUUCAAGCCCUGGAAGCUCUGGAACGGUUCGAGGAAGCAUACAAGGACCUGCGCACGAUACACACUCACGAUCCCAGCAAUAAGGCGAUCAAACCACACCUGGAACGGUUACACAUGAUCGUGCAGGAGCGCGCCCGUCAACGUGCCCAAACCUCCAACAAGGUGGCCCAGAUGUUCGAGAUCGCGUUCGACAUCGGUGCCGCGAAGGAUAAGCGCGAACAGGCAAUGAACAACAUUGUGGUGCUAUCGCGGGAACACGCCGGUGUGGAAGUGAUGAUGAAGGAGGGAUUGACCGCACGCAUUGGCAAGCUACUGAAGGUGGAGAAAAAUAAUGAACUCAUCACGAACGCGAUCCGCGCCGUGGACGGCGUUUGUCUGAGAAACGCAGAGCGUACGAAGCAAGUCAUUCGCGAGCUCGGAAUACCCUGGUUCCUGCAGAUGCUGGAUUGCAACGCCGAGGAUCGGGUCGCCGCCACCCAACACUGUAUGCAAACGGUGCUCAACUCCCUUUCCGGCUUGGAGAACACGGAGGACAGCAAACCGAUCGAUGCGCUUGUGAAAGAGAAUCAGCAGGUCAUCGAUACGCUGCUCACGUGCCUACUGUACUCAGUCACCGAUCGUACGAUUACGGGAAUGGCGCGGGACUCUAUCGUAGAGCUGCUGAUUCGAAAUGUACAUUAUAAAACACUGAACUGGGCAGAACGGCUGGUGGAGCUCAAGGGUCUGCUGAGACUCAUGGAGAUCUGCUCGGAGUUGGAGGAGUACAAGUACGAAAGCGCCAUGAAUAUUACGCCGUCCUCGCGCACGAUCGCUGCCGUAUGUCUGUCGCGCAUCUACGAGAACAUGUACUACGACGCGGCUCGUGAACUGUUCACCGAACAGAUUGCGGAGUUUGUCAAGGACAAGCUGCUAACGCCAGACCACGAAUCGAAGGUGCGUGUUACGGUGGCGAUCACCUCACUGUUGCUGGGACCGCUGGACGUUGGCAACACAAUCAUCUCACGGGAAGGUGUGAUGCAGAUGAUCCUCGUGAUGGCUCAAUCCGACGAUCUGCUCGAGCAAAAGGUUGCUUGUGAGUGUUUGAUUGCUGCCGCGUCGAAGAAAGACAAAGCAAAGGGUCUGGUCCAGUCGGGUGCGGAGAUCCUGAAGAAGUUGUACACCUCGAAGAACGAAGAGAUUCGUGUUCGUGCCUUGGUCGGCCUGUGUAAGAUCGGCAGCUCGGGAGGAUUGGAUGCCUCCAUUAGGCCGUUCGCCGACGGGUCGACGAAGAAACUGGCCGAGGCGUGUCGUCGGUUUCUGGUUAAACCGGGCAAGGAUAAGGACAUUCGAAAGUUUGCCGCCGAGGGACUUGCUUAUCUGACGCUCGACGCUGAGGUGAAAGAAAAACUGGUCGAAGAUCGCGCCGCCAUUCAGGGACUGAUCGAGCUGGCCAAGACGGGUGACCAGUCGGCACUGUAUGGUGUUGUAACGACGCUCGUAAAUCUGGUGAACGCGUACGAAAAGCAGGAGAUGAACAACGAGCUCAUUGAGCUGGCCAAGUUCGCCAAACACCACAUCCCGGAGGAACACGAGCUGGAUGAUCCGGAUUUUGUGUCGGCGCGCAUCACCAUACUGGCUGAGGAGGGCGUAACGUCUGGUUUGGUUGCCCUCUGCAAAACCGAGAGUGACAAUUCGAAGGAGAUGAUUGCACGCGUAUUCAACGCUCUGUGCAGCGAGCAGGAAGUUCGUGGAAAAGUCGUCCAGCAGGGCGGAGCGAAGGUACUGCUGCCGUUGGCCCUGAAUGGAACGGAAAACACAAAACGCCAUGCCGCCCAAGCACUGUCACGAAUUGGUAUCACCAUCAAUCCGGAGGUAGCUUUCCCGGGCCAGCGCAACCUAGAAGUAAUCAGACCGCUGAUGAAUCAGCUGCAUCCGGACUACAAUUCGCUGGAGAACUUUGAGGCUCUAAUGGCGCUCUGCAACCUAGCGGCAAUGAACGAGUCCACCCGGCAGCGUAUACUAAAGGAGCAGGGGCUGAGUAAGGUCGAAGCGUACAUGCUGGAGGACCAUUUGAUGCUGUGCCGAGCUGCGACCCAGGUGAUGUGCAAUUUGGUUCAGUCACCGGAAGUGGUCGAAGCGUACGAAGGGGACAACGAUCGGGUGAAGAUGCUUGCGUUGUUGUGCGAAGAAGAGGAUGAAGAUACUGCGCUGGCGGCUUCUGGGACACUUGCCUACCUAACCGCCGUCUCCGAGCGUUGCUGCGCAAAAAUGUUUGACGUGGGCAGCUGGCAGCAGGUGUUUCGCACACUGGUAGCUAACCCCAGCCCGGGAGUGCAGUACCGCGGGAUGGUCAUCAUCAGAAACGUGAUCAAAACGAGCCGCCAGCUGUCAUCGAAACUGUUCGAAACAGACGUACUGCAGAUGAUGUACGGCGUGACGCAACUGAACGACGAGCAGCGUGCGAAAGCCAUCGAGUGCGCCCGGGAGUGUCUAAAGUUGGCGGAAGAGGCUCGGUUAAUUCAGGAAAACGAGGACGCCGACAUGGCACCGGAUGUGUUCAAACAACAGGAGGCGUCAAUCGAGGAAAUCUACGAUUAGACCCAGCCGGAAGAGAGUGCAUUACAAUCAUCGAUAUUUAUUAUUUUUAACACUGUUUUCAAGUCUGUUAGGUUUUCGUUAAAAGAAAAGGAUCGGA